UCUCAGCGCGUCGCCUCUGUGUCUCGGGGUGUCAACAAGCGCUGCGAUGUAGUUACGAACCGUCGGCGAAAACGAGGCUCUCGGUCGGCUGUCGGUCCGUGCAACUGCUCUGCGCGCGCGUCCUUCAUGGUGUUUCGUAACCGCCGCUGCUGGUCUCGCCAGUCCGCGCGCGCAUUUGCACACAGCAGAGCAGGCGGGCGGACAGCGAGCGAUCGAUCGAUCGAUCGGUCGCGCUCUUCCGUUAUUAUUUUAGCGGCGGAGCCGGAGGAGGGUUAAGUUUCGGAGCCGUUGUUGGUUGGUUUUCUCGGCCCGGGCCGAGGCGAUCAUGGGGUUCAAUAAGACGUACCUGAGUGCGGGAUACGCGUCUUUCGGGCUCGUGGUGGGACUGUCCGCUUUCCUCGUCUGGAACAUCGUGUACAAACAGCCGUGGACAGCCGCUCUGGGGGGGCUCUCAGGUGUGCUAGCACUUUGGGCCCUUGUCACUCACGUCAUGUACCUGCAGGACUAUUGGCGCACCUGGCUGAAGGGCCUCAAAUUCUUCCUCUUCAUCAGCAUCCUCUUCUCCUUCCUGGCUGUGGUGGCCUUCAUCACCUUCCUCUCUCUAGCCAUUACGCAGAAGCAGUCUCUCACCGACCCCAGGAGUUUCUACCUGUCCAGCGUGUGGAGCUUCCUGAGCUUCAAAUGGGCCUUCCUGCUGGGACUCUACUCCCAUCGCUAUCGCAAGGAGUUUGCUGACAUCAGCAUCCUCAGUGACUUCUGAGGUGCACUGCUCAGGGGUCCUUGGGGUGAGGGUGCCGGUGUCGCCCCCUCCCCUCAGAGGUUCAGAAAACCCUGCCCGUCCUGCCCGGAGGAUUUGAUCCGUUCCACGUUUACGUUCACGGCUUUUUAAAGACACGGGUAGGACCCCCGUAUGAUCCGCCGGUUCGCUUAAACGCGGUUGACCGCGGUCCGAAAAAAAUUAAACAGAAAAUUACAGAAAUAUAGUAAACGUUCAUAAGUGAAAUUGCUCGCUGUUCCGAGUUACGUGAUGAAAUCUCGUGCGGUCCCACCUGGGACGUUCAUCAUCCCUUUUGUCCGGCGUAUCCGUGCUGUGUGCUCUACCCAGCCGUUAGUCGCUUAGUAGCCGUCUCGGUUAUUAGAUCGACCCCCACGGUACCGCAGUGCUUGUGUUCGAGUAACCCUUAUGUCGCGUAAUAAUGGCCCCAAAGCGCAAGAGUAGCGAUGCCGGCAAAUCGGUAUAUAGUGUUUGCUACUAUCCGCGGUCUCAGGCAUCCGUUGGGGGGGCUCGGAACCUAUCCCCCGCGGAUACGGGGGUCCUCCUGCAUAUGCUAAUGAGCGUGUAUGCGUGCUCUUUUCCCAAACGCUAAUGUGUGUCGUCAUCUGUCCCACGUGGUGCUCAUCGGGCGCACUGCUGGUAUCCCACAAAAGCUCCACUAGAUGUACGUGAUUCUGUACGCGCCACGCGUUUCCUCGUGGGAGGGAGCAGGACUGCCCGCUGUUGUUGUGUGGAGGACGAGAGCGAGAGCGAGUGGCAGUUUCGUGUAAAUAUGUUUCUUAUGUAGGGUCUUCAGUAGCAUUUGGUUAGCGGUCUGAGCAGGGGGGAGCAGGACGGAGCCACAGAGUGCGGUUGCUUAAGUUUUGUGACGAUCGCAGCGCCUCCCUCGGUGCUGUCAGUUACCACGGUUUGGCGCGUUUGUUUACCCCGAUUCCACUUCGUUCAACUUUUAGUACCCAGAAUUUUUCUGAUAUUCCGAAGCCUCCGUAUUGUGAUGUUUGGUGCAAGAUCAGUCUGUUGCAGCUUUAUUCCUCGCCACAGGGAGGUGUUGAUGGAUUGCGUUUCCCUUCUCUGCAAGUUAAAUAUGGAUUUUUGUAAGCAGUUCACGUGUAUGGGAACUAGACUCGUACAUUUAUUGGUACCACGAUAUGCACAUUCGGUGGAAUGUCUUGGGUUCCAUAGUAUAGAUGAACAUACAAAUGCACUUUAUUAUUAACAGAAUGAUGAAUCCUAUUUUUUGCUGUACUAGACUGUGAUUCGUUCAUAUUAAAGAUGCAGAGUGUGUUCAGUUUUUGGGUGACAGGCGAGAGUGUAUUAAUUUACAGUCAUUUGGGUGUGUGCUGCAGUUUUCCGAUACCUAGAAAUUCUGGCCUUUCACAAGUAGUACGUGUUUGUCAGGCACAGGACAGGACUUGCCUGCAGUGAUUAUAUAUAUAGGUUCCUUUUUUUUAAACAAAGAACAUUGUUUUGACAUUUAAAGAUUUAAAAACGUCUUCUCUUGGUCUGAUUUUAUUGUUUUAAAAGUUUUUGUCCCCCUCACUGUGCAGAUGCAUCUCUUGUACUGAAAAAUAAUUAAAAGCCAGUUUUAUUAUAUUGAUACUUGUGUAAAAUCUGUGUAAGUGAAAUUGUCAAGGGAACAUUAAUAAAAACAUUAUUUUAUGAUUA